UCAAAAAGAGCAAAUUCAAAACAAGUGAGAAUAUAACUGUGACUUUUUGACAGGUGAACAUUUUCAACAUUUUCUAUGUGAGAUUUUUAUUGUUUAAAGUACAAAAUUAUCAGUUAUCUUUGGAAGAAAUUGGCAAUGGAAGAUGAAAAUACGAAGGAGGAGAACCAGCCGUCCACAAGUAAGAAAGAGACUCGGACGAAUUCCGCUAAUGACUUGUACAAUGAAGAGAGACCGCAGGACGAGCAUGCUUCCAAUAGUGAGUCGUCCGUGUCUGCAACUUAUUCGGCCAGGAGUCGAAUAGAGAUGGCGGAUACUCGCCCUGAACAACCGAAGCCUAUCAUUAAAAGAGAACCGAAGGUACCUGAGAGGAAAAAGAGAGCAAGAAGACAGGGAAGAGUCGAAAAGAGACGACGAUCCUACACACGACGUCAAGUUAGGAGAACUACGAUUCGCAGGAGAGCACGAAUGCCGAUCGAGAAGAAAGUGCGGGAUCUGUCCGUGUCUACGAUAUUCACGAGACUGUCUUCCCGCAGCGGGUCCAGAACUCCAGGAUGCUUACAUUGUGGACACCGCUGUUGCCGUCGAAGGUAGACAACUUUGUGUUUUGACAUGUAAAAUGAUUUUUUGAUUUUAUUUGUAAUAAACCAGUUUUU